AUGGACGUGGGCCGGUCCGUGGAGAAAGCCCAGGAGCAGGAAGAUCUCUUGGAGCAAUCCGAGGAAGGGCCGUCCUCGAGCCUCACCGGGCGACCCGUGCUGAUCUCCUCGGCGGCGCUGCGGCUGAAGGUGGCGGCCGCCCUGGGGCUGCUGGGCACGGUGGGUCUUGCUUUGUGCCUGUUUCCAGCGGCCUCUCGCAGCCUUCGUGGGGUCGGGCUCUCAUCCUCGGGCACGGCAGGCCAAGCCUGGCAAGAUUCGGGUGGCUGCCCCGAAGCUCCCUUGUUGGACUUCUACAUGUACCGCUCCCAGACGGAUGAGAACUACUCGCCGGUGAACCAGGACAUGGCAAACAUAGGCGGAAUGCUCUGGUACAUGCACAAUGAGAUCAUCUGGCACCACUGGAUCCGGGUGGGCAGCUUCUCCAGCAUCCCAAAGACACGGAUUGAGCAGUGGCGUGUGAAGAUGAGACCCACUUGCGCGCUCUGGAAGAAGGGUAUGGCUUUUGGGAUCGUGAACACCUACGACAUCGGAAAGUGCACUGGACCCUUCAAGUGCGAGAAUUUGCAGCACUAUGGGCCAACUGUGGGCUGUGAAACCUGGAAUCCUGGCACGAACAAUCACUGGCCUCAUGAGGAAUGGUAUGGUCGGGUUCGAUAUCCCAAUGCCGCCUGGUACAGCUUGCCGGGAGAAUGUGCUUCCCGAAAGUUUUGGGCCAAGGACCAGGAGUGUGCCCGAACGGAGCCCAGCGGAGCAUGCCCCGCCGGUAAAGAGCCCACAGGGGAGUGGGACUGCACCUACACUUACGAGAAAGUAGGUGAGCUGAGCAUUGAUGAGCUAGAAGACAUCAGCAGCUUCGAUGACCUCAUGAAGAAGGGCGGCUAUGAGUACAGCCGCGCCACGGACGAGGUGAGACCGACCCUGGCACGAGCUCGUGCCCGGGUGGUGUGGUGA